CAUCAGCAACCAGUAAACGACCAACAUACGUGCCACACAUUCAAAUGUUUGUGCCAACAAUCACUUUUAAAUUCUCUAUGUAGUUCAACUACUUUCGGUCCUGAAUUGUCGUGUGGCAUUUAGACUUUAAUUUUGUUCAGGAAUUAAAGAAUGGCUCCAAUUAAAGGAAGGAAGUCUGCUAAUAAAAAUGUACCAGUUUUAAGCCAUGAAUUUGUAAUUCAAAACCAUGCAGAUAUUGUCUCAUGUGUUGCUAUGGUAAUUGUAAUUGGCCUUAUGGUACAAUUUACAUCACCAUUAGCCUACUUGUUUGUUGCUUUACAAUAUGGAGAAUCUAUAGAAGAAAAUAAAGCUAUUCUAACAUAUGGUACUGGCUUAAAAGAUUUAUUGGCAACAUUCUUUUAUUUUCUAAUUUGUAUAAUAUUCCAUGCUAUCAUUCAAGAAUAUGUAUUGGAUAAAGUUAGUCGCAAAUUACAUUUAUCAAAAUCAAAAAAUUCAAAAUUUUAUGAAUCAGGACAAUUAAUUGUAUUUAAUGCAGUAUCAAUGGUUUGGGCUUUAGAUAUUCUUGUUAAAGAAAAUUGGUUAGCUAACUUAUCAUUACUAUGGAAUGGAUAUCCACAUAAUACAUUAUCAUUCUCAACAAAAUUCUUUUAUAUAAUUCAAUUUGCUUAUUGGGCUCAUAUUUUACCCGAACUCUACUUCCAAAAAAUUAAGAAAGAAGAAAUGUUCAAUAAAAUCAAAUAUUCUAUUUUAUACAUGGCAUUUGUUUCAACUAUUUAUGUUACAAAUUUUAACCGAGUUGGAGUUGUGGUUUUGUUAUUGCAUUACAUUUCUGGAGUAGUUUAUCAUGCUGUACAGUUAAUUGAUAUUACCGAAAAAGAAGAAGAUAGUAAAAAAGUAAAAUUUGCACAAAGUGUUUACAACUGGAUAUUCCUUGCUGUACAAGUGUUAAUAUUUAUUGUUUCACAAGUAACAUUGUGGUUUGGUCUUGCCAGUGUAGAAUAUAGUGGGGAGCAGAGAGACUUUAAUACACCAUUGUUAAGGUUAUUAGCAUCAGCUAGUGCGUUAGCUGUUCAAAUUUGGAUUGUUUAUGAAUUUUUCAAUGUCAAUGGAAACCUAAGCAUAUCAUUUGGACUUGGUAAACAAAAAUCAAAAGUUAAAACUAAUGAUGACGCUAGUAAAAAACGUAAAAAGGCUGCUAACAAAAAAUUUAAUGAAUUGACUGAAGCUGACCAAAAUAUAAAAAAAACAGCUAAAGCUGAACUUAACAAAGCUAUCAAGUCAAAAAAAUUGUAAAAUUGAUCUAUGUUUAAUAUAAUUACUUGUGCAAUUGUUGACCUAUUUGUGGAAAUUAUACCAAUUCAAUUUUGUGAUUUUUUUGUCUUCAAAUAAUGUUAUACUUAACUGGUUAUUCUAAUUUUAUUAUUACAUGGAAUUAAUGAGUUUUAUAAUUGGAUAUUUUAUAAAAGAAAAACUAUCCAAAUGUCUUGUUUUGUCGUUUAAUUUUAAUUCAAAUUUAUUUAAAUGUUAAUAUUUGUUCUUUUUUUGUCAUAAAAACUUUAAAAAAUAGUUUUUAAUAUGUGCUUAGUUAUAACAAAACUGUGUAAAAAGAUAUUUUAUAUAAGAUUAAUUUUUUCAGCAUUUACUAAUUUUUGUUUACAAAACCUAUUUAAAAUUCUUUAAGAAUUGAAAUAUUAUCUAAAAAAAAUUGAUAUUUGUUUAUCAUUUAAAGUACUUUAAAGUUAUUUCAUUUUUUAAAUGUUAACCUUAAAAAUAUUGUUUUAAUUUUCUUAUUUAUUGUAAAAAUAUAUUUACAGACAUAUGAAUAAGAAUUAACCUUUUAAUAAAUUAAUGAAUAUAUAAUUAAUUAAUUUUCCAUUUAUUUUUUAUAAAAAUUCUAAGUAUUUGUUUAAAUUAUAAUGCUAGGAUAGUGUAAAUUUUGCUUAAUUGUAGCAGCUAAAAUAAUACAUGAAAUACCUUAUUAUUUUUUAUAAAGUUUUAUUAUUGUUCUCAAUAAAUAUAUAUUGUAUUAUAAUUUUUUAAA